UCUUUGUGUUCGUCAGUGAUGGCAAAUAAUUGUAGUAGCGGCUCAGGCUCUGGCUCUGGCUCUGGCUCUGGCUCUAGCUCUAGCUCUGCCGCUAGGCUUCGGAUCCUUCUCCUUUUUAUCUUCUUUCUCCUCCAAACUGUUCACGGAUCGUCCGCACCCCUACUCCAUGGCCACAGUGGAUCCUCAACUCGUAGCCUAUUAGGCGCCGCUCGGUCUCAGAUCCCCGACUGCACCCAGUUGGUCUCCGACUCUUUGUGCUCGCAGAACCCAAAGUGCCGUUGGUGCCGAAGCGAAUCCAUCGACGACACCUGUUUUACCCGACUCGAGGCUUUGCGCUUGCCCCAACAGAUUUGGUUUGUGACUACUGCAUGGAUCGAGGUGGAGGAAGAAACAAAUAUAACGAUAAAACAAGAAUAUCCAGUUCUAUUUCUCCAGCUAGCUUUUAUCUGCAGGGUCGGGCUACCCAAACCUAGGGGCAAGGGCUAUAUGUACCACAAAAGUAGGGGGAAAGUGAACUAGGAUGGCACAAUCGAUGCCAUGCUGCCUUUCUCUGUGACGUUUUCUCCAUUAUUAUAGGCCUAUACAUUUCUCAUCUGUGUCUAGCAAUGCUGUCAACAACCUAAAUUACAACCACCCUAUAAAUUCAUG